GGCUGCAACAACACUGAGGGGAAAUUUGACUGUUACUGUUAUGCUGGCUAUAGGACAGACUCAGAUGGUGUGUCUUGUGUUGGUAAGUUCCCAUAGCAAAAAGAUUUUUUUUUUGAAAAAAAAAAGUAAAUAAAUUUAUUUUAUAAAUAUUCAGUCUAGUCUACUCACAGAUAAAUUUGUAUUUCAGGUUGUGAGUACCCUCACUAUGGUACUAACUGCUCUCAAACAUGUCAGUGUAGUGGUAGAGGAGAGUGUGAUGCUGUUAAAGGAUGUAUUUGUGACCAAGGCUGGACAGGUGUUAGUUGUAAUGUAGAUGUUGAUGAAUGUGAUCAGCCUGAAGCCUGUCAUGAAACACAACUGUGUGAAAAUAUGUAUGGGUCCUACAUUUGCUCCUGCCCAGCUGGCUGGCAAACUAAUAACGAUGAUAAGUGUGUUGGUAUGUUCCUUUAG